AUGCAUUUAAACGGUAGAAGCUCGCCUGAAAGCAAAUCAGAAGCUCUGGCGUUUGACUUGCUGUGUUCCUACACUACAUUCAAGUUGUCAACAUUGUUUUCGUUUCUUGCCCUGUUGGUCGUAUCUGUGCAGUCAUCCUCUUUGAUAUCAGAGAAGAAGAGCUCUGUCAGCAAAUAUUCAUUGGAGUUGUCGGAAGGCGGAAGAACAUUUAAAGAAGAGAUUUCAAUCGACAUUACAAAAGGGACAGAGACUUUCCAUGUACCAAAGACAUCGCUAAAUCAAUCAGCAGGAGAUAUACUCUACGAUUUCAAAAAGCAAAUGACAAUGAUUCAUCUAGCAGCAGAAAAGGCUUGCUAUGUGGCGAGAUCAGUCGAUGAAACUCCCACACCCGCUGUUUUAAAGGAAGCUUUAGAGACGCAAACUCCCAGAACAGGUGAAGACUUACCAACCACUUCAACUGAAAUACAAAUGAAGGUCGUGGGACUGCUUGACGAUCGUUCAGUGCUGAGUACUGAAAUGGAGGAUCUGUGUGCAAAUCUACCAAUUUAUGUGGUCGUAAGAAGAGCUAGGAACUCAAAUGAGAAGGAAGCUGAUGUGGAGUCCGAUGAGGAUGUUAAUGAACUCGUUGACGAGGAAGCCAGGGGUUUCCCUGAAGUAACGGACCUAUCCGACAUUCCUAACGCACGUGAGAAACGCCAAGUGCAAAAAAAACUGGAAUGGGUUUGUAACAAGGUGUGUAACUGGGUAACGAAACAGAUUUGCAGACGUGUGUUUAGCAACGGCCUUUGGCGUCGGGUAUGCCAUAACGUCCUAAAGAGGAUCUGUCGCAUAGUUUGUAAAUGGGUGACACGAAUAGGAUAAACUCUCCUGUCUCGAACCAAGUGUAAAAAUGUAGUAUUUUUUUUUUCAAUGAGAGAUUAAUCCAGUAGCGCUUUCCUUUGAGCUAAAAUUCAGUUCUAGUUUCAAAUCGCCUUAAGUAGUUUUUUUUUUUCAUCCAGACUCAUGGAUCGAUUUUCAGGUCGAAAUGCGAGACUCAACUACAAAACCUAUUUUAUGCAAAUUGUCAACAUGUUUUCUUUUUAUAAGUUAAUACUUGGAAAAGUCGCUUCUGUCUAAGAUUUCAGUGAACUAAUCGCUGACUCAGCUUUCGAGGAAGUUAACGGUACACUUGGAAAAGAAAUCAUCCCGUAGAAACAGAAAUGGAAAUAGAAAUGGAUCUAGCAUUUCCACUCAAACCGAUGAGGAAAAGAAAUAUUGCCAAAGGUUGAUGUUUUAGUUGCCAUGUUGUGCUUGGAUUUCAAUUGGCUAAGUGAGACAUUUGAGCAAGAA